AUGAUAACUGGACAAGUCAGUAAGCUCUUGUUGUCAGUGCAGAGUGAAAUGAAUGCAGAGUUGAGAGGUGAGGACAAGGCAGCUGCUUCAGACAACGAGCUGGAUAAGUCCCUGCUUGAGCCUGUGGAAUCAAAUGACAACGAGGACACUCCCAGCAAGCUCUUCGGAGCCAGAGGAAAUACAACGCUGUGUGAUACAAAUAUUUCUGACCAGCACCAAUCUAGUAAAUCCCAUACAACAUUCCCUGUUGGAUCCCAGCCAUUGUUGACAGCUCAACAGUUAGCCUCAGCUGUAGCUGGAGUGAUGCCAGGAGCCCCUCCAGCACUGAAUCAACCUAUUCUGAUUCCUUUCAACAUGGCUGGACAAUUGGGUGGUCAGCAAGGUCUUGUCCUGACUUUACCUACUGCUAACCUCACCAACAUCCAAGGGCUUGUAGCAGCAGCUGCAGCAGGAGGCAUCAUGACAUUGCCACUGCAAAAUCUACAAGCUACCUCAUCCCUGAAUUCCCAACUCCAGCAACUCCAGCAUCUUCAACAAUUCCAGCAGCAGCAACAGCAGCAGAGCCAAAUUAGCCAGCAAGCACAGGGACAAGCUAGUCAAUCCCAACAGCAACCAACACAGCCACAACUGCCUCAACAGCAACAGCACCCUCCACUUCCACCACCACAGCAACAGCCUCACAAUCAAAAUCCACCAGUUCCAGCUCACCAAACUUCAAGCUCCCCCACAAAGACCAACCUACUUCCAGGUCAUGGUCUUCCCUCUUCACUCACAUCCUCAAAUCCCCUCCAGCUGGUUAAUAAUCCUCUGGCAAGUCAAGCAGCCACUGCCGCAGCCGCCAUGGGCUCAAUAGCUAACUCACCAGCUUUUGGCAAUGUACUCUCCAGUCUUCAAGGGGUCACAGGUCAACUAGUUACUAAUGCACAAGGACAGAUUAUUGGAACAAUUCCACUAAUGCCUAAUCCAGUCUCAUCCAAUCAAGCAGCAGCAGGAGCUCAGGGCUUUCAAGUACAGCCAAUUACACCACAGUUAUUGACCAAUUCCCAAGGUCAAAUCAUUGCAACAGUAAUUGGAAACCAGAUAUUGCCAGUAAUCAACACACAAGGAAUCACACUGUCACCUCUCAAGCCAGGCCAACAACUCCAUCAACCCUCUCAAGCACAAGUAGGACAAACAGCCUCACAGACCAAUCUUCUACACCUGACUCAUAGUCAAGCAUCUAUAUCUCAAAGCCCAGUGCGUCAGGCUUCUUCUUCUUCCUCCUCCUCCUCCUCCUCCUCAUCUUCAGCUUUGAGUGUUGGCCAAUUAGUCAACAAUCCCCAAAUAGCCUCUAGUGAGGUGGAUGGGGUGAAUCUUGAAGAAAUACGAGAAUUUGCCAAAGCUUUUAAAAUCCGACGCCUGUCUCUUGGUCUCACUCAGACACAAGUCGGUCAAGCUCUAAGUGCCACGGAGGGUCCAGCCUACAGCCAGUCUGCCAUCUGCAGGUUUGAAAAGCUGGACAUCACCCCUAAAAGUGCCCAGAAGAUAAAGCCGGUGCUUGAACGAUGGAUGGCUGAGGCUGAGGCCCGCCAUCGAGCAGGUAUGCAGAACCUUACUGAAUUUAUUGGAAGCGAACCAUCCAAAAAGCGCAAGAGGCGCACUUCCUUCACCCCACAAGCUCUUGAAAUCUUGAAUGCCCAUUUUGAGAAGAACACCCAUCCCUCCGGGCAGGAAAUGACAGAAAUUGCACAGAAACUGAACUAUGAUCGGGAAGUGGUUAGGGUAUGGUUCUGCAAUAAAAGGCAAGCACUGAAGAAUACAAUUAAACGUCUAAAACAGAAUGAGCCUGUAACAGCAGCCCCAAUGGAGCCCUUAACAGACUCUCUGAAAGAAGACUCUUAA